UCCUAGAAUUUGGAGAAUUAGACUAGAUCUUCCCCCAGCCGGAGCGCGACGAAGAUCCCUCGACGUUCAGCACUCGAAGCUCUCGGGGAUGGCACGGGAGCUUCACGUGUGCCUCGUCCGUUAUUUUGCGCGCCUCGAGAGGUUGGAUGACAAAUGGAGGGAAUUGUCGAAGAAGGCUGAGAGACCGCUCGAGGCUCUGGCUAAUCGAAUGGAGCAAUUGCGCCAUGUCAUGAAUGAAGAAAUAGACGGAGCAGAAGAUAUUGUGGGUCGGGAAGCACGGGAAAGACUGAUAUUUAAAAUUCUCAUGGGCCUCGAGGAAGAAAUCGAACUUCUCUCGGAUAUCCUGACACAACUUAACGACGCCAAUCAGGAUUUGAAGAAUUAUUUGGUUAAUUUGGAAAACGCCAGAAGCAAAGUAUCCUUAAAGGACGAAACGAUGCAAGAAUUAAUCAAGGGAACGCCUUAUCGACCAACGCUCGAAUUGCUCCUGCAAUGGGCCGUGGAGGGCUUCCAGUUUUUUCAUAACAUGUAUCUCCGUAUCAGCGAUUGCAUGAAAUUGAUCGACUACAAGGCGGAGGAGACCGUCGAUAAUCUGACUUCUUCCUUCGUGGAAGAGAAGCGCGGGAGGAAGAAUAUAAACAGGAUUCUUGCCUUUACGCAGUUUCUAGCUAAGGAGACUCUUUAAGGAGCGCGAACAUAUAUGAAUCCAAUGACGCAAAGAAGUUCAAACGAAUAAAAUUAUGUGAAUAAAAAAAUUUUAUGUACAUUGACAAGUUAAAACUAUAAUUCUCCCUCUUUGUACAGGACCUACUUUUGUAAUAAAUAUUUUUCACUAUACAUAAA